AAGAGUCCUCCGGACAGCGUGUCGUUUAGCGAACGGUCACUUCCCCCUUUUUCUUCUUCACUGUGCUCUUCUGCAUCUCACGAACUGAACACUGUCGCUCAUCGCCAUCACGACCACCGUCAUCACUUCAUCGGCGAACGAGAGCAGCAACCCAAUGGAGCACCCCGUAUCCCCAGCGACCCCGACUUCCCUCGAUCGGCACAGCGAAGCUCUGUCCCAGAGGAUGAGGAACGACUUCUGCUUCGCCUGCAAGAAACAGGGCCACUGGAUGAAGGACUGCCCCGUCAAGUCCCCCGGCGGAUCGCAGCCGUCCCCCGCCGCCGCCGCCGUCGCCGCCACCGUCGCCCCUCCUUGUCUUGAUCGGCAAAACGGAGCUCCGUCUCAGGGGACGAGGGGCGGCGCCUGCUUCGCCUGUAAGAAGCAGGGCCACUGGAUGAAAGACUGCCCCGGCAAGUCUCCCGCGAAGUCGCAGCCGCCCGCCGCCGACGUGCCGGUGCUCGAGUGCCGGUGCGGUGCCGGCGCAUGCGCCGUCCGCACCUCCCAUUCCCUGCAGAACCCGGAUAGGAAAUAUUACAAGUGCCCCGAUAGAGCCCCUAAUGAUGUUGGUGGGUGUGGCUUCUUUGCGUGGUGCGACAAGUACAGCGCUCCGAUGUGUCCCUGUGGUGCUGGGAGAUGCAGGAUCAACUUUUUUGAGGAUCCUCCACCUAAGGGCAGAGAAUAUUUUUCUUGCCGUAUUAGAAAGGGACACGGAGCUUGUGAAUUCUUCCAAUGGGCAGAUUCUCCUACAGAAAAUGUAGGCUCCAGAGAUGUUGCGACAUUUGUUGUUGCACCACCGGAAGUCAUGGAAAUUGAGUCAGCAAUGGCGGAUGCUGGUGAAGAUUACGAGGUGGAUCCAUUAUCGAUGAUGGAUAGUGGUGAGAUUGAAGAAGUAAUUUGCAGAUUCUCUGCACCAGAACGUCAUUUGAGGGUUUUGGAGAGUGAGAGUUUAAUUCCCGAGGCCGAUUUGGAUACUCAAGAAUUAGCUAUGGAGGACGUAGAUUUGGGGGAGUCUACUACAGAGCAAAUGCAGCUUGUUUCCCGUGUAACAUCUCCAUCGCCAAUUCGUCUCAGACAGCAAGAAUACUUGAGGCGGAUAUCAGCUGCUGCUGACAUGCUUGCUGGAAGUAGAGGUACUCUUGAUAGGUUACCCGGCUGUCUAGUUAUAAGGUGGUGCGGGCGUCUUUCUUUCCCUCCUCGUCCAAGCUUAGCUGAUCCAUCUCCAACGCCUUCCUUCUGUGAUUGUGUUUCUUAUGGACUAGGGAUUUUACCUUCUCUUGCUGUUGAUCAUAUGGACAUCAGCAGCGUUGGGCAAAGUCAUCUGGAAUCUGGGAUGGACUAUCGAAACCUCCAGUUUUCCACCGGCAACAGCUUCUUGGCAGAGCAUGUGUCUGAAACAAGCAGUGAAGUUUCCAGAUUCCUAAGUCAUCCUGAAUUGGCGUCAAACCAUUGGAGCAGAGGGAAAAUGUCGGUGUUAAAUCAGAUGGCAAAGCUUGUCCAGAAAGAUAUCAUUGAUCUUCUCGAGAAGAAUUCGCUCGAUCAUGCGCAUCUUGAACAGGAGGCUAGAGAUCGCCUUGACUGUCUGGAUUUUCUCCCUGUUGACAGUAGCCAAUUCAAGGAGCAAGUGAAGGAGUUUCUCCUCUGUGCUUCCCGGCUUGCUGAAGUCGAACGUCCCACCAAUGAAACUGCAAUGCCCAACGUCCUGGAGCGCUGCAGUCGUGCAAAGAAGAGGUUUCGUGAUGUAUCCGAGAAACAUUCAGUGACAUCGGAUGCAUAUGCUGCUUGCGAUGGACGAAUUAAACAUCUCCGGGAAGAUUACCAGCGUGCAAAGGAGACACUGCUCAGGAUCGAGGCAGAGUUGCACGGUUGCCAGGUGGAGCACGCGGAGCUCCAGGGACGGUUUGCCGAGAUAACUCGAGAGAUGGAGGAGGCCAAGAGCGGCAUGGAGGAAGCUUCGCGGGAAGCUUCCCUGGCGGUGCAACGUAGGGAAAGUGAGAGGUGCACCGCAAGGGCUGCCUUGGAGAAGGCGAGGCUCCAACUCCACAGCAAUCUUCGGAAAAGAGCUUGCGUGGUAACAAACCAACCUUAAACUACUACGAUGCGCAUGUUCCGAGUUCAACUGUGUGCCUGUGCCUAUUGCGUCCUGUCUUUCGUCCCCUAUAUAUGUAUGUAAAAUAUAGUUUUUAACUGGUGUGAGUGAAGCUAAUAUGACUGUCUGUUCUGUAGUCAUGAUAUGUGAACAUCAGACUCUGUUUCUCUGUUAAACUGGAACAGUGUGUUAGUUUAUAA